CAUAGUCAAGCUGACGAGACUCACAACAACGGCUCGUGCCGAGUUACAGUCCGUUCCGUUUUCGAUACUCGUGUUGCGUCGUGGAUUCUCAAUUUUAUCAAAUAAUAAUUAUAGCUCAGAAUGCAAAACGGGCUUAGUGAUGUACCGGUGAAUCGUGCUACCUCGUCUUCUGACGACAGUGAAAACAAGAUCUUGCUGUACGAAGAAUUUGUUCUUUGGAAUCCUAAAAAUGGAAAAUUUUCUGCAAUCAGCCUGUCGGACAAUGACAAAUGUAUAAAUAAGGUUGAUACUCAAACGGCCAAGCUCAAAAUUACAUCUCGCAUUUUCAAUGCUGUGCCCAGGAUUAGAGUUCGAAAGAAUUUGAUCAAAAUUUUUGAUAAUUUUGAGCCAGCGCAAACAUCUGAAGAAGAAGUCAAAACAUUAACAAAUGAGAAUAUUCAAGAUAGUGUAAGUGUUGAUAAUUUUGAGCCAGAGAAAACGUCUCAAGAAGAAGUCAAAACAUUUAUAAAUGAGAAUAUUCAUGAUAGUGUAAUUGUUGAUAAUUCUGUGCCAGAGAGAACAUUUCAAGAAGUAGUCAAGAAAUUUACAAAUGAGAAUAUUCAAGACAGUGUAAGUGUUGAUAAUUCUGAGUCUGGGCAAACAUCUGAAGAAGUUAAAAACUUAAUUGAUGAGAAUAUUGGAGUUGGUGUAUGUGGACAAACAGAAUCAAAAAUUGUUGUCAAAAUUGAGGAUACUGGCGAAUUGAAAGCUCAUUGUGAAAAGCCAGUUAUUGAAAACUGUACAUAUAAGCGCUUUGAGUGUUACCAGUGUAAAAUAAAUUAUAAAUCUCAUUAUCAUGUGCAAAAACAUAUCUAUCUUAACCACAAUGGUAUUGGAUUUUAUGAGUGUCGCUUGUGCAAAUUAACAUUCAAUUGCUCUAUUAGAUAUGGUUCAAUAAGCAUUAAUUUAUAUAAAAAUUUAAAACAUGAUCCAUGUGACUUAUGUAAAUCUUUUUUAAACUUUGGAUGUGCCAAAUGA